UUCAGAGAGCAACCGCUGAACUUUCUUGUACACACAAAACUGAGGCACCAGUCGUUUUUUGUGCUUGCAGAGAAAGCGGUUUUCAUCUUUGGUAUUUUUGGCGUGGACAAGAGAGUUUUCUUUGCUGUUUGUUUCCGAGAAGUCAGUAGUAACGGUGUCCUCGGCUUAUCGGCAGGGAAGCGUGCUUCCCCUGGCGUCGCGGCGCACAUGCAGCACGCCAGAGUGACGUCGAGUCUCGCCGAGAAGAACAGGCGAUGCAGAAGCAGUGAGCGGGCCGGGAAAACGCUGAUCAUGGAAGAUGGAACGUGCAGGAGUAUUUGCAGCACUGCUUUCAAACUGCGCCUAAAGCAAGUGAUGAUUUUGCUUCUCCUCAUCAACGUUGUUAAGCCAACAAGAGGGUCAGCAUGGACUCACUCCCGGACUACGACAGAGUCGUACACCAUUGUUCUUGGUGCAGGUAUCAUCGCAGCUACUACCAGUUGUCUUGCAAACAGUGAGACUGGAGGGGUCAGUGAAAAAACAACCAAUCCACCAGCCAGUAUGCCCGACAGUGCACCAACCAGCCCUUCCACCAGCCCACCAACCAGCCCACAAACCAGCCCACCAACCAGCCCACCAACCAGCGCACCAACCAGCCCCCCAACCAGCCCACCAACCAGCCCACCAACCAGCCCACCAACCAGCCCACCAACCAGCCCACCAACCAGCCCACCAACCAGCCCACCAGUGGACUGUGGAGCACCACCAACUAAUAUUCCUGGUGGUAAAUUUCCAUCUGGAAGUCUAACAACAGCUGGUACGACCCUCACGAUAAAGUGUACUGAUGGAUAUACACCUCAAACUGGAAAACAACAGAUGAUAUCCUGCACCAGUGAUGGCAAAUGGACACCUACACUUUAUAAACCUUGCAUUCCGAUACUUCCGACUGUGACAUACAACACCACUUCAACUUCAAUAACUGCGACUUUUUCUAUGUAUGAACCAAUGACUGGAAAAUUCUGUGUGAAACAUAAUGGAUCCUCGACACCAGUUUGUGAGAAAACGUUUAGUGUACAAAUAACUGGCCUCCGGCCAUACACAAACUACUCAUUGUUUUCCUACACAAAAACAGAUGACCUACAAUCACAGAAUACUGCUACUGUGAUCGUGAGGACCAACGCAUCGGACUGCGGUGUCCCCAAGAAUCCAACUGGAGGUACCUACGUGUUCACGUCUACAAAGCAAGGAGCUACUGCAACAGCUAAGUGUAAUGACACAUGGUCCCUCAAACGUACCUCCGGCAACUCUAUCUCAUGCACAGUAGCUGGUAUGUGGUCACCUCUUGAUUCACCUUGCAUUCGGGACUGUGGAUCACCACCAGACAAUAUUCCUCAUGGUACAUUCCCAAAUGGAAGUCCAACAACAGCUGGAAGUAAACUCACGGUGAUGUGUGUUACUGGAUAUACAGCUGAUACUACUACAUCACAGAACAUAUCUUGUGGCACUGAUGGUAAUUGGACAACGACGCUUACGAAUCCUUGUAUCCGGGACUGUGGAUCACCACCAGGCAGUAUUCCUCAUGGUACAUUCCCAACUGGAAGUCCAACAACAGCUGGAAGUAAACUCACGGUGAUGUGUGAUACUAGAUAUACAGCUGAUACUACGACAUCACAGAACAUAUCUUGUGGCGCUGAUGGUAAUUGGACACCGACGCUUACGAAUCCUUGUAUCCGGGACUGUGGAUCACCACCAGGCAAUAUUCCUCAUGGUACAUUCCCAACUGGAAGUCCAACAACAGCUGGAAGUAAACUCACGGUGAUGUGUGAUACUGGAUAUACAGCUGAUACUACGACAUCACAGAAAAUAUCUUGUGGCACUGAUGGUAGUUGGACACCGACGCUUACGAAUCCUUGUAUCCCAAUGCUCCCGACUGUGACAUACUCCAGCAAUUCAACAUCAAUAACUGCACACUUUUCCGCCUUUGAAAACAGGACCACAGAUUUCUGUGUGAAAAAUAAUACAUUCAAAUAUGUUCUAUGCCAAAACACUUUGAAUGUGACGAUAUCAGGUCUCUAUCCAUACACAAACUACUCAGUAUCUUCCAACACAAAAACUGGUCAACUGCCAUCACAGUUUACUGCUGCUGUGAUUGUGAUGACCAGCGCUUCAGCUCCGUCUCAAUCUCCCGUAUUUAAUCUAUUUCCUGGUGCCACUUCUGUCCGCUUGGUGUGGACAAAGGUAAAAAAACCGCAUAUCAAUGGUGAUCCAAAAGGGUAUGAUAUAUUCUACAACGAAUAUGGAGCCACAAGCAAUGUUCACAAUAUACGUGUUGACCCUUCUGUCGCUCAGAAAAUAGUCUCUGAUUUAAAUUUCAGCACGAAUUACACAUUCUCAAUGGCUGCCAUAUCAUCCGGUGGAAGAGGACCGAAUCUAACCCAAACUAUUGUUACAACCCAGGAACUUCCUCCUGCGCCAAUUGUCAAUUCUGCAAGGCCACUAGCCACCGAGGUGACAAUUCACCUAACACGUGUAAAAGGAAAUUAUCACUUGUCCAACUUCUGCUGUUACUUCACAAGGCAAUCGGUGUCCGACAUACAUAUGUCAAACUUGUCAAGUGUCCUGAUCUGCAACAAGACCAGUCCUGUUGUCCUUUCACCGGUUGAAGAAGAUGCAACAUAUAUAUAUCACUGUGUUGCUAGAAACACGUAUAAUGCAUUGGAUGGAAAUGCUACAGAACAAAAAAUGUUCAGUACAACAGCAACAGCUCCAAGUGUGGCACCUGGCAACUUUAUCUUGGACUCCAGAACAGCAACAACAGUAACACUCAGCUGGACUGCUGUAGACCCAUACAAGCUGAAUGGAAAGCUGGUUGCAUACCAUGUUGACUGUGCACAUCAGAAUGGCAGCCAUGUGACAUCGGCCAGUACCAGCCACACCCAUGCAACACUCUCAGGACUAACUUUUGAUACAACAUACAACUUAUCACUGGUCGCUGAAUCAACCGGUGGUACCGGCAGCUACGAGAGUCGCCUGCAAAGUUCUACCACCCAGGAUGCACCGCCAGCACCCAUGUUCAUGGUUUCAACAUCAACAACAUGGAUAUCUGUGACUUUCACCAAACUGACUGGACAAUUCUAUGUUGCAAAUUACUGCUGUGACUUCACGCAACUUUCCGUGUCCGGAACUGAUUCAAAGAAAGGAACCAUACGUCUUUGCAGCGACACCAUAUACCUCAAUCUGACUGGAACUGAAGAAGAUGCCACGUAUAGCCUGACAGCGUUUGCCAACAAUACAGAAGGGCAUAUUGGCGAGAAUGCUACAAUGAACAAUGUGAUAACUAAACCAGCAGCUCCAGAUGAUCCCCCGGGAGCACUGCCCGUCGGAUCAAAAACACCAACAUCUAUCUAUUUUACCUGGAUGCCAGUUAAUAAUCUGCGUCUGAACGGGAAAUUACUCAGUUACAGUGUGAAAUAUACAGAAUCUGAAGAAAUGGUCGUAACCAUUUUGAAUGUGACUCACUUGGAGGAAGCUAACAUAACUGGCUUGUACCCGGGGUAUACGUACAGCAUCGAGGUAGCAGCAAUCUCAACUGGUGGUAUUGGCCCAUACACACAUCCGGUGAACGCCACCACCUCACAAGAAUAUGCGCCAAAGCCAAGCGUUUUUGUUGAGAUAUUUCCGACAAAGGUCAUCGUGAACAUCUCUGCAAGCACAGGAAAUUACCGUUUCUCCAAGUUCUGCUGUUACUUCACGAGGUAUUCCGUAUCUAACAUACCAAAGUCCAACAGGCAUAAGGUGACGGUUUGUAACCGUACUAGUCCCAUUGUCUUCUCACCUGUUGAGGAGGAUGCCAGUUACGGUAACCCGCGGCCAUACUGUGUAAUAAAGGACACACGUCCGGUUGACGGAUAUCCCACAUUUAUUCAAAACUUCACCACACCAGCAACAGCUCCACGAGUUGCCCCGUCAGAUAUAAAAUUCAGGUCAAGCACAGCUACAACUGUCCGUAUCAGCUGGUCGGCAGUGAACCCAUACGAGUUAAAUGGAGUACUGGUGGGCUACAAUGUUACAUGCUGGAAAGGUACGAACCUUAUAACGUAUGUGCACACUAAAACAGAGAACGCGAACGUGACUGGCUUGAAGUUCAACUCCAAGUAUAAAGUUUCAGUUGCAGCCAUCUCAUCAGGAGGGCUAGGUGUUUACUCAAACUACACCAAUGUCACAACAUCACAGAAUGUUCCACCAACUCCAAAUAUCACAUCUAACUCAUCAACUCCAGCAACAAUUACUGUGGUGUUUGGCACACUGACUGGUCAUUUCACAAUUCAUCGGUAUUGCUGUCUGUACCACCGUGAACUAGUCUCCGGGACUCCAUCGCCAACAACCUCUACAACGGUUUGCAGUCAAGUCACAACCAUCAUACUGAAAAACCUGGAGGAGGAUGCAACGUACUCCAUAGAGGGGUUUGCCAACAACACUGCCAUGAAGAUUAGCCCACAUACAACGCCAUUCAGUCUCAAAACUAAACCCGAAGCCCCAUCUGAGCCACCGGCAUCUGUAAGCAUCACCAAUGUCAACAGAACAUCACUGACAGUAGUAUGGAGUGAAGUACCCUUGCUUGGUCGCAACGGUCCAAUCACACACUAUCUGGUCAAGUACAACAACAGCCAUGACCGACGUGUUGGAAGUGAUCAGCUCUCACUCACACUUCAUCACCUUCAGCCUAACUCAAACUACAACAUCAGUGUAUCUGCUAUAGGUCACGGAGGUCAAGAUGGCCCAGCCAGAAGUAGUGGCGUUAUAACAACACUCGAAGCUGUCCCCGAUGCGCCAACCGUCAAAUGGACUUCAACAUCAACCAGUGUGAGGGCAGUAGUGACAUCCGAAUCACCGUACUGGAAUGUUCUUCAGUACUGCAUUACAAUUCAAGCCACCAAGAGAGUGGACGGCAAAUCAAUACCUGAUGACCUACUUCAACUAGUGAAACACAAUUGUACAGAUAACGGUAUAUUUGAAUUUCACAAUCUUGAGGAAUAUGUAGCCUACACCACUCGGACCUGGGUCCAAAAUGGAAGGGGAGAGAAUGGUAGCCCCUCUGUGCAACUUGUUGAGACUAACGAGGGAGUUCCAAGUCGUGCUCCGUCAAACCUGGAUGUUACCGGCGAGACUAGCACAUCUGCUCAGCUGCAAUGGUCUCCAAUUCCCCUACUGGACCAGAAUGGAAAAAUCACAUUAUACCACGUCAACGUCACGGCUGUCUAUCCCGUCAGUGAAGUCUCAAGCAAAACAUUCCUUGCAUCUGCCCUUAAUGGGACUAUUGUCCGGCUGAAACCAUACACGAUGUAUGAAGUGGCCAUUGCCGCUGCUACUGGUAUUGGCAGGGGAGAUAUCUCUAACUUCACAUCGUUCCAGACCCAGCAAGCAGCACCAAGUAUUGGACCAACCGUGACCAACACAUCCUACUUAAGCAGCACUGCUCUGCAACUGGCCUGGCGAGAGCUCGCACAGCAGGAUCUAAACGGUGUGUUGGUACGCUAUGACAUCAGGAUUGUCAGCCCUGGAAACUACACACAGGUGUUUAAUGUGACAAGCAACGAGACCAGUCUGACUAUCACCCAGCUUGAGAUCAACACUGUGUACAACCUGUCUGUGAGGGCUGUGACAGAGGCUGCACCUGGUCCAUUUGGCAGCCAAGUACCACAACGUACAGAUGAAUCUACUCCUGAUACUGUCACCAAUGGGAGCGUUGUGUUCCGAACAAACACCACCAACGUUGCAGCCAACAUCUCCUGGACACGGCUGACAGACGAUCGAGGUAUUAUCACUAACUACACGGUCCACUACGGUCAACUAGACUCAACACAGGAAGACCAGAUGGUGACGGAUGAAAACCAAACAGGACCAGCAGACUAUGAUAAUAUCACUGUCUCCGGUAACCAUAGCAAUGCCUUGAUCCAUUCACUGGUGGAAAAGAAACGCUACGGAUUCUAUCUAGUUGCAAGCACAAGAAUCGGCACCGGUCCAUCAAGCAAGCCUGUCUCUUCACCAGGAGCAGCAAGAUUUCCCGGCCAGCCGGAGUCAAUCGAAGCCAAGUUCGUUGGGAGCACUGCCACAGCAGAGCUGACAUGGAAGCCCAGUUCAACAGGUGGAGAGCCAAGCGGUUUCAGGAUGUUCGCAUUCUACGAAGAAGUUGUGGAUGAGCAGCUGCAGCAGCAGAGUAGGAGAAGAAGACGUCGAAACGUGCCGAAGACGACUGUGAUGAAUAUUAGUGAGGAUGUAGGAGGACAGGAAACAACAGGCCGCCUCCAAAACCUCCCCACCGGAAAGAACUAUGCAUUUGACGUGGUAGCAAUGGUCAAUUUCAGUGGCAAAGUCUGGCUGAGCCCGGGCACUGUCGACAUAGACAACUUUGGCAAUGCGACAACCAUUCGCCUGCCAGAACCCGUUACUGGUGAAUCCAGUUCGGUAGUCAUCAUCGCUGCAGCUGCUGGUGCUGCGUUUCUCUUCAUCAUUGUACUUCUGAUUAUUCUCCUCAUCCGACACAAAAGGCAAUCCAAGGCAAGCAUGGCGUUCCCCAAGUCUCUGUCGGUGAAGAUUGACUCAGUGCAGUUGCACACUACACGCGGAGGCAACGACACAGGCUCAUUCGCUGGCCUUGUGGUGAUGGAGAACGAGUGUAGCCUGACAGAUGCCACCACAGUCAACGCAGGUCUGGGAGAGGUGGCCACGCUGCCGUGCGAGCUCAAAGUCGACAACCCACUGGAGAGUGUUGCAUGGAGGAGAGGUAAUAAGAACAUUGAUUGUCACGCCGCCGGUGGAGAGCGAUACCGGAUCAUGGACAAUGGAGCACUGCAGAUUGAGAACACGUGUAAGGAGGAUGCUGGGGAGUACACCUGCAUUUCACAGAGUGAUGAGAGUACGGGAGCUAGUCUGACACAGACCAUUAUGCUGAUGGUGGCAGGGGCUCCUGGGCAGAUCAACGCAUCAUCCACAUUUAAUGUGCCGGUGGCGGCAGGCAACGCAGCCAGUGAUGUUGGGCAUCCUGUGAAAGUUAGCGGCUUUCGGCAGUAUGUGUCAACCAUGCACUCAACCAACAACGCAGCAUUCAGCACUGAGUUCAAGACGCUGGCCGAAGUUGGCAAAACUCAACCAAAAGCCAUUUCCAUCAAGUAUCCACGGAAGAAUCGCUAUGGCAACAUUGUCGGAUAUGAUCCAGCACUGGUGUUCCUGCCUGUGAUUGACGGUGACGAAGAGAGCACAUACAUCAAUGCUGCCUACAUGGAUGGUUACAAGAAACCCAAGAAAUACAUUGCUACCCAAGGACCUCUGCCGACCACUCUGGACGACUUCUGGCGUAUGGUGUGGACUCAGAACUCUCGCAUUAUAGUCAUGUUGACUCGUGUGAUGGAAAUGGGCAAGCGCAAGUGUGAGCAGUACUGGCCUGACGAAGCACAGAAAUACGGUGACAUCUUGAUCACACCGGUGGAGAAGACCAGCCUUGCUGAGUACACCAUUCUGCAGUUCCAGAUGGAGCAGGGCGAUGAAAUACGUCAAAUAUAUCAUUUCCACUUCAUUGCCUGGCCGGAUCACGAUGUACCCAAGUUUGCUACGGGCCUCCUGGGAUUUCUAAAGCGUGUGCGACUGGAGCACAGCCGAUGGAUGUCCAUUGCUCCCGACGCUCCUCUCAUUAUCCACUGCAGUGCUGGAGUAGGACGUACGGGUGCCCUGAUUGCCAUUGACACACAACUGGACCGGGUUGCAGCAGAAACUGACAUUGAUAUCUACAAGUGCGUACACGACAUGCGCUGUCGUCGACAGCAGAUGGUGCAGACAAUGAGCCAAUACAUGUUCAUUCAUGAUGCUGUACUGGAGGAGAUCCUGUGCGGUUCAACGGCAAUCCAACCGCAGGAUCUGCGCAUUCGCAUCAAACGUCUCGGCAAGCAGGAAGAUGGCGCGCAGGAGACCAUGGCUGCACAGCUUUUAUCCACAUUGGCCAGCAUCAGUCCUCAAGCAUCACAGGAGAACUGCGCCGCAGGCAUGCACGAGGAAAACCGAUCAAGGAACAGAGACAUGAACAGACUUCCACUCGAUUCAUCUCGUGUGGUGAUUGUUGGAGCUAGUGACCUGGCUGAGAACCAGCCUGAGGACGCAGUACCACCUGGUCCUGUCUACGUCAAUGCCAGCUAUGUUGAUGGUCUACACAACAAGGGUGUGUUCAUAGCUACGCAGGGACCACUCACCAGCACUGUCGUCGAGUUCUGGGCAAUGGCCUGGGAGAACUUCACACACAGCAUUGUCAACCUGACACAGCUGAUGGAACAUGACAAGGAGAUGUGCGCCCGCUACUGGCCCGAAUCAGGCUCCGCCACAUAUGGACACUUCGAGACCAGUGUGGAGUCCGAGGAGAAGUACGACGACUACAGCAUCAUCAAACUGAGUGUGACCAAUACGAAGCAAAAGGAGGACAAUGCACGCACCAUCACCCUGUUCCACUACCGGACUUGGGAAGAGCAAACAUGUCCGCCGUCACCUGGAUCAGUGCUGCAGCUCAUCGAGCGCCUUCUCAAGAACCAACAGCAGACUGGAAACAAGAAGAUCAUUGUGCAGUGCAGCGAUGGCUGUGGCCGCAGCGGUGCCUUCAUCGCGCUGUAUCGCAGCUUGGAGCGCAUGAAGCUGGAGAAUGUGGUCGACGUCUUCCAAACAGUCAAAUCGAUGAGAACCCAGCGGCCGCACAUGGUUUGCACCGAGGAUCAGUAUCGGUUCAUCCAUUCAGCUGUUGCUGGCUAUCUUUCAAGCCUUGAAGACAACGGUUACGAUAACUUCAAGGUCUAACUCACUGCGCACUCUCUGCGUAGAGUUCACCGUACUCACUGUGUAUUUUCUUCGUAGACUUCACCGUUCCAAAGUAGCGCCAUGCUACCAGCGUCCUCAGCGAUCCAACCAUUAUUCAGUUUCUUAUUCGCAUUCUCACCUUCUUGUACAUGCUCUCUUCGUCCAUUUUUCUCAAUAUUUCGACAGUUUUACUUUCCCCCGGCCCUCAUCCUCUUCUUCUUUUUCUUGUUUUAGUUUCUACGCAUUUUUUGGUUAUGGACCACUUCCCUCUUAUGGCUGAGCUAAGAUAUACCAUGCAUCCAACCAUGCAUGCUCCCGUUGAUCCGCGCGCGACGUUAGAAUGUGAAUGAAAGAAGAAAGUUUAGGUGCUGUGAAACUAUCCCUCUCCUUACCCUGUUUAUGGAUCCAUUCCCUCCAUCAUGCUAUUGCCGUAUUUGCUGCAUGGCCCAUCAAGGGAAACCCCCUACCAGUUCAGUAUUGUUUUUGUGCCCACACUGCUUCCAUCACAAUAUCUGCCACCGUUUCAGUACCAUCAUAUUACAUGUGUUUCGUAUUACACCGUAUCCCUUUUCUGCAUAGUACUGGGCGCAUGAGGCAGCUCCUGCUCUCCCCUGCAGGCCUGAGCGCCACACAUGGCAUCGAUCAGUGCAUAAAAUAAAUUUAAUUGAACAGGCGCCAAUGCCUCUAAUUAACUUUACGUGCAUACUGAUUUGCUUCAUUCCUUCUGCUGCUUGCAAUAAAGUGCAUGACUGUAUUUUCAUUCUUCAAAAAUGUGCAUGUUGCUGGUACCACCGGUGACCUUGGCAAGGAAUUCGACAAUAUCGAUACCGCUGGUCACUCAACCAAGUUUCUUCUUUGCCGCUGUUUCUCCGUUCUGCAGCAGAGCAGAGCUGAAGUAAUGCUGCCGAGUGUCUUAUGCUGUAUACAUGUAUGCAUGCAGAUUGUCUCCAUGAUACUUUCAUGCUCUGGCUUCUUCAUCUCUAAACCACUUGAUCAAAGUUUCAUAUUUGCAAGCUUCUCAUUUUACACUUUCCUCUUCUGUUUGAAAAUAAUGAUAAGGUCAUGUA